AUGCGUCACUCAGCGCUUCUCAUACUUUCGUUUCUGAGCAUUCAGGCCUUUUGCUGGCCUUAUGACGAGUCACUCGCUGACUAUAAUCUCAACGCCAACGAGUCCGCUGAAACCCCAAUAGAUUAUUGGGGAGAAUGGCCGGGAGAUCAUUCAUACCAUCCGUCGCCAGAUAACUGGCGUUUUCCCAUCUACACUAUAUUCUUGGAUCGCAUAUCCAAUGGUGACCCAACUAAUGAUGAUAUCAACGGAACCAAAUUCGAGCAUGUUGUGGACUCAAAUCAAAUGCGCCACGGCGGCGACGUGGAGGGGUUGAUAGACACGUUGGACUAUAUCCAUGGCAUGGGUUUCAAGGCCAUUUACUUCGCCGGAACCUAUUUGAUGAACUUACCCUGGGCCUACGAUGGUUACUCACCAACCGAUACCACUCUUCUCGACCAACAUUACGGCACAUUGGACGACUGGAGAAACCUUAUCACAGAGAUCCAUGACCGGGAUAUGUACGUCCUAAUGGAUAAUACUCUUGCAACAAUGAGCAACCUUAUCGGCUUCAAAGGUCACCUGAACGACUCAGCCGACUUCAACGCACACGAGUACGAGGUCGAGUGGGUUACAGAUAGGCAAUAUGCUGACUUCAACUUUGGCAACGACUACAACGAAACCUGCAACUAUCCUAAAUUCUGGAACGAGACCGGCUACCCGCUGACCACCGAUGGUGUACAGAAUCUAAAGGGUUGUUAUAACAGUGAUUUCGACCAGCACGGAGAACUGGAGGCAUUUGGUAAUUUCCCCGACUGGCAGCGUCAGCUUACCAAGUUCGCAUCUGUGCAGGAUCGCCUUCGUGAAUGGCACAAGCCGGUCCGCGACGUUAUCACUCGACACUCCUGCUUCCAAAUCGCCAGUCUGGAUAUCGACGGGUUCCGUUUUGAUAAGUCUGUUCAAGCCACUCUCGAGCCUCUAAGUGAGAUGCUUAAUGUCUAUCGUGAAUGUGCGAAGAAGUACAACAAAAAUAAUUUCUUCCUCCCAGGGGAGAUCACGUCAGGAGAUAGAUUCGGCAGUCUUUAUCUUGGCCGUGGACGUCAGCCAAAUCAGUGGCCCUCGACCAGCGACGACGGCAUCAAGCUAACCAACAGCUCGGAUAAUUUCCUGAGAGAUGAUGGCUUGCAAGCAUUGGAUGCAUCCGCUUUCCACUAUACAAUUUACCGCUCAAUGACCCGUUUCCUGGGAAUGGACGGUAACUUGGUUGCCGGAUUCGAUCUGCCAACAGAUUUUAUCGAAGCUUGGAAUGAGAUGCUCAUCACCAACGAUUUCCUGAAUGCCUUCACUGGCGAGGUGGAUCCUAGACAUAUGUAUGGUGUCUCGAACCAAGAUAAUUUCCGCUGGCCCGCAGUCCAGAAUGGCACAAUGAAAUACCUUCUUGGUCUUUACAUUGUGACAUUGGAACUGCCCGGAAUUCCUCUUAUCUUAUGGGGUGAGGAGCAGGCAAUGUAUGUGUUUGAUGCCACUGCAGCGAACUACAUGUUUGGUCGCCAGCCCAUGACAUACCAGACUGCAUGGUGGACACAGGGAUGCUUCAAUCUGAACACAUCAAAGUUUUACGAUUUCCCCAUUGAUUCAGGCCGCAAUGGUUGUAACGAUAUUACCGUGACAUAUGAUCAGCGAAACCCUGCUCAUCCACUUCGCAACAUCAUGAAGCGAAUGUUCGAGAUCAGAACUCAAUAUCCAGUGGCAAACGAUGGUUUCAAUGUUCAAACGCUCUCUCAAUUGACCAAAAACCUCUACUAUCCUGGUUCAACCUACACUCCUACAGUAACUGGCCUGUGGUCUGUUUUGCGAAGCUACUACCCUGGCGCCCAAACAGCAGAAGUCACGGAUAACCAGACUCUUUGGCUAGUGUACCAGAAUGGGAAUGAGACUGAAACCUUCGGAGGAGACUGCAGCAAUAAAAGUGCUGCCUUGUUAACUCCAUUUGACUCGGGCACCAAGCUGAAAAACCUCUUCUAUCCUUACGAUGAGCUCACCGUGGAAGAUGGUCCAAAAGACAACCAUGGAUGCAUUAGCAAGCUGGAGCUGUACCCAUGGGAAUACAGAGCCUAUGUGCGGAGCGUAGAUUUCGUGGAGCCCGGCCCUACUGUCACAUCUUUCUAUCCUGGCCAUGAUGCUCGGUUGGUGUCAAAUCAAGACACUGCUGCAACAUAUCCUAUUCAACUUGGGUAUUCCAAAGAAAUGACCUGUGACGAUGUUACAAAGGCAAUCUCCCUCAAUUCCACAACAGAGAAGGGCCAUACAGUCACUAUUGAUGAAAGCAGUGUUAAAUGUACCAACAUCACUGCCAAGUUGACCGACAAUAAAUUUGUCGGAGAGAUCCCGACUGUUUGGACAUGGUCUGCGAAUUUGACCAACGUAUACCACGGAAUUCACCAAUUAACCGUCGGUAAUCUUUCCAGCUCAUCUGGCCUUCAUACCAAUGCGACCGACAAGUAUUUGAUCCGCGUCGGUUCUCUGAGUAAUCCUCUGAUAACACCCCUGACCAACUAUUCCAGUACCUUGGUACAAAAGUUUGACGAUAAUUUCUACAUCCGUCACAAUGCUGCCGGUGCUGAUAAGUUCCGCUAUUCAGUUGAUUUUGGUAGCACCUGGUCUUCAUGGGAGAAAUAUUAUGGUGGCAAGACAACAGUGACCAUGGCCGCAUCAACCGAGACGAAAAAGCAGAAGUGGAAGGGAACUCAUGUCCGCGUGCAAUACUUCUCAAGACUCACUGGAAGUAGCGACUACAUUCAAGAAGGUGACUACGGCUGGGAAGACAAUCAAGUUCGAAGAUUCCCCCAUCUAUGGUUCAACGGCCCGUACAACCAAUAUGGCUAUGAUGCAGGACUGGAAAGCGAAAUGAAGUACGACACCAAGAGCUCGCGCUGGACUUAUGACUUUGUUUAUGAAUGGCCGUCUGUUGGACAGCUGAAUGUCUGGGGUGUGGACAAGGCCGGUGUUCCUGAUACUACGGAGGUCUACGGUGAUGUUGGUAACUCAUCUGCAGUUCAGAAGCUCCCGCCCUCCUAUCUUUCAUCCAACGUUAUCAACAUCACCAGUUUACCAAAAUUCCCGCAUCUUGGCUACAGGAUUUCCCUCAAUGAUGCCAACCUAAGGUAUGAACUGAUCCCCAUCGGCUCUGGAUGGGCUCAGCUCGUUCUCUACAUUCUUCUCUGGAUUGUUCCGAUCAUUAUGGGAUUGGCUGGCGUCUUCAUCUUCAUUCAAUAUUUCUAUCGCAUCAAACUCAACACAGAUGGUAACGUUGUCAAGGGCGAUAAGCUUCCUGUGGUAGUUUGGCAUAGAGUGAAGGACAAGAUUUCCGGACACAGCGAGCUCAACCUUGAAAAAAGUCUUUCGGCAGACUUGGCUGUGACAGGAGCAGUCGACAGCCGACGUACAGUAUUGAUUGCCACGAUGGAAUACGAUAUACAAGACUGGAAGAUUAAAGUCAAGAUUGGUGGCCUGGGAGUAAUGGCUCAGCUCAUGGGCCAGAACCUGAGGCACCAGAAUCUCAUUUGGGUUGUGCCCUGUGUCGGUGAUAUUGAUUACCCUGUGGACACACCCGUUGAGCCUUUCAUUGUGAAUGUUCUGGAUAAGCCAUACCUUGUCAAAGUGCAAUACCACGUCUCUGAGAACAUCACUUAUGUUCUCCUCGAUGCACCAGUUUUCCGAUACCAGACCAAGGCGGAGCCCUACCCACCCCGUAUGGACGAUCUUGAAAGUGCAAUCUACUACUCGGCUUGGAAUCAAUGUAUCGCAGAGACAAUCAAGCGAACGCCAGAGAUCGAUCUCUACCAUAUCAACGAUUUCCACGGCUGUGUAGCACCGCUAUACCUACUGCCGCAAACUAUUCCUGUCUGCCUCUCCUUGCAUAACGCCGAAUUUCAAGGUCUCUGGCCUCUGAGGACUCAAAAAGAGAAGGUAGAAGUGUGUUCCGUCUUUAAUCUCCCGAUUGAAGUCGCGACAAAAUACUGCCAAUUCGGAAACGUGUUCAACUUACUCCACACCGGUGCAAGCUACUUGAGAUUUCACCAGCGCGGUUUUGGUGCAGUUGGUGUGUCUCAGAAGUAUGGAAAGCGUUCAUGGGCCAGAUAUCCCAUCUUUUGGAGUUUGAGCAGUAUUGGCAGUCUUCCUAAUCCUGAUCCCUCCGACACUGGCGCUCUAGAUAGAGCCCCAGAAAUGCAAGUUGCAGCCCAGUCUGAUAUCGAAAUUGUCAGUCCUAAGCUUCAGGCUCAGCAGUGGGCUGGUUUGAUCGAGGAUGCCAACGCCGACUUGCUAGUAUUUGUGGGACGAUGGUCAAAGCAGAAGGGAGUGGAUCUUAUUGCAGAUGUGAUGCCGGCCAUUCUAUCUGCUAGACCUAACGUGCAAUUGAUCUGCAUAGGUCCCAUGGUCGACCUUUAUGGUAGACUGGCUGCAAUUAAGCUACAGCGGAUCAUGGAAUUGUACCCAGGCCGCGUCUUUUCAAAGCCAGAGUUCACGAUUCUUCCCCCCUAUGUGUUUUCCGGUGCUGACUUUGCCUUAAUUCCUUCUCGAGACGAGCCAUUUGGUUUGGUCGCCGUCGAGUUCGGUCGUAAAGGUGCUCUUGGAAUCGGUUCUCGCAUUGGAGGACUUGGCCAGAUGCCUGGUUGGUGGUAUACGGUUGAAUCGGACUCGACUCAACAUCUAUUGCACCAACUGAAGACCGCAGUGGAGUCUGCUCUCGAUUCAUCUGAGCAGAUGCGAGAGGAAAUGCGUGCUAACUCCGCGAAACAGCGAUUCCCCGUCCUCGAGUGGGUUGGAAAACUUGAAAGAUUACAGCGAACAGCAAUUUCAAUCCAUAACGAAAAUGUCAAGUCCACGGGGCCUUACCAGAUCCGAGAGUCAGGCAUGCUGGGUAUGCGGCUUUCGGCGAACGUCUCCCGUCUGUUUUCAAGUCUCUCUUUGGCGGAUCCGGAGACAGAGCGAGGGAGACCAUCGCAGCUUAUUCAGCCUUCACUUCUAGAGCUACAGGCAGCUGAACUCAACGGGACUGCAGAUGGCGAUAAUAGCAGGACCAGUACUCUCGGUCGGAAACUGUCGCUGGGUCGACGGGUGGGACCUGGACAGGGACGAAAUCGACUCGUGAAGAAGUCAAUCCGAGAUAGCCAGGUGUUGCGCGAGAGCCGAGUCUUCGAUGGAACGAAUGACGGUGAAGUCACGGACAUGGAGGAGGAGGGCUAUUCCAUGGCACAGGAGAACUACAUCUCUCCCGAAGAGGCAUUGGCGGCAGUCAAUCAAGCUUUCGCAUCUCAAGAUUUCCUGAGUGCCGGUAAUCGUGGUAGAGACCCUCAUAAUCGUCAUUCUUCGAAUUCAGAUUCAUCGGCCUUGGAAUCAUCUUUUGUUUCUCGGGACUCCUCUCCGAUAAGGACUCCUGAUCUUCUUGAAGCCACGCCUCUUGUUCACCCCCGAAAUGUAUCCGUUCUUUCGUUGCAGUCAGUGGUUGGGGACCACGACCAAUCUGUCUUCAAUCUGCAAAAGGUUGACCCGACUUUUACCGACAGCAAUGCUUACUUCACCCGGGCUUUCGAGCAGCAGCUCUCAAACCUAAACAAGAAAAACUCAGUCUCCGAUCAUUGCAUCGAAGAGUAUUUGAUGAAGAGUGAGCGGAAGUUCUUCGACAUGUAUACCGACGCACAGUUGAAGAAGCAACCUAAAGAACGUCCUAUGACUGGAUCUGGAUUGAGUCAUGAGAUGCAUGACGACGAGUCAGAUUCAAAGGGAACAGAUGACAUUGAUCAAUGGCUCGCUCGUCUAGGAUACAAACGACCUAUUGCCAUCCAGCGAUUUAUGAGAUGGCGUGUUGGGAACUGGCCCGUAUAUUCUCUGUUCUUGGGUCUAGGACAAAUUAUCGCGACAAACUCAUCGCAGAUAACCCUUCUCAGUGGUCAGAUUGGUGAGACUGCAAUGAAGCUCUACAUUAUUGCAACUAUUUACUGCGUCUCUUCUAUUGUUUGGUGGUUCUUGUUUUACCGCUUCCCGUCUGUCAUCGUCCUUUCACUCCCUUGGUUCAUUUACACAAUGGCAUUCAUUUGCAUUGGUGUUUCACCUUACGGACUCAACGAGCUAGGUCGAGAAUGGACUCAGAACGUUGCUGCGGGUGUCUACGCUGCUGCAUCUUCUAGUGGUUCCUUGUUCUUUGCUCUUAAUUUCGGUGAUCAGGGUGCUGUACCUGUGAAGGAUUGGAUGUUCCGCGCAAGUCUUAUCCAGGGCAUCCAACAGCUUUACACCGUUGCUCUGUGGUAUUGGAGUUCCAAGGUAACGGCAGUGGAAGUCAAGGGUGUAUCAACAGAGGCUCUGAACUCAUGGAGACUGACAGCUGUGACGAUGCCAAUUGCCGCAUGCUGCUUCGCCAUUGGUGUGCUCCUUGCUCUAGGAUUACCCAAAUACUAUCGUCAAGCUCCCGGAAAGAUUCUCUUCUUCUAUACCUCUCUUUUCCGCCGUCGCAUUGUGCUCUGGUUCUGCUUCUUUGUCGUUAUCCAGAACUGGUUCCUCGCUGCAGCAACUGGCCGAAACUGGUCAUUCCUCUGGUCUUCUUCACAUGCCAAGUCAUGGGAAGUACUCAUUUUGGUGAUUUUCUUUUUCAUUAUCCUUUGGGUUAUAGUGAUGGUUAUCUUCCGCUUCUUGUCUAAGGAGCACAGCUGGAUUCUACCUGUGUUCGGCCUCAGUAUGGGCGCACCACGAUGGGCGCAGAUCUGGUGGGGAACCUCUAAUAUUGGCUACUAUCUUCCAUGGGCUGGAAAGAAUCUGGUCGGUGGUGCCCUCGUAUCAAGAUGUCUCUGGCUGUGGCUCGGUGUCCUCGAUGAAAUCCAGACAGUCGGACUAGGAAUGAUUUUACUCCAGACACUCACGAGAGUUCACGUCUGCUUCGUUUUGUUAGCGGCGCAGUCUCUUGGAUCUAUUGCAACAAUUGCUGCUCGUGGGUUCGCACCCAACAAAGAGGGACCUGCGGGUGUUUCGCCAGAUAUAGGCUCGUCUUUGUCAAAACUUGGCAAUGCGUGGUUCUGGAUCGGUCUUUUCUUCCAGCUUAUGAUCAGCUUCGGUUUCCUUCUUUUCUACCGUAGAGAGCAGCUCAAUAGGCCUUGA